UGUACAUAGUAGUAGCAAAAACUACAAUUUAUGCGCUGUUGACACGUUGUGUCAGAAGCUGUGAGAUCGCUUUGUUGUGAUUUAGACCUUCUACUUCAUUCCUCCACGGUUUAAACAUGUUUUUAUUUCAGUUGGCUUGAUUUACUGGGGACGGAUCCAACACAUACAACUUUUUACAAGUUCGAUCAAGGAAUUGAAGGAAGCAGCCAUGUUUGAUCAACUCAGACAGAAGUUUCAUCAUGUCCAGCAAGAUCUGUCAGCAGGGUUGAAGACCCUGAGCACCCGAGCGAAGGAAGUCAAAAUACCUCGAAGGGAAGAAUUGUCAGCUUUGAAGAAAGAUAAUCGUCCAGCAGUACCCCAAGUCUGCAAUCAUGACGCUGGAGCAGAGCUUCUGGACAGGUAUCAGCGGAUAUGGAGUGAACUACAUCAAGAGAUUGAGGCAUCAGCUGAAGAGGCUUCGGUGAUAGAUUUACACAUCCAACAGGUGUUCUUGAAUUAUGAGCGGAGAGCUGAACCGAUUGUCCAGUUCCAGAAACAGCUUCAAGAUCUACCAAGAGUCGUUGAAAACAUCCAGUACCUUACAGCUUCAAUUGGGAAGUUAGAGGGUGAGUUCGAAGAGAUGGAGUCGAUGCUCUCCGGAUUCCAAGAUCUUAUCGACCAUUGCGAACUUCUCCGGAACAAACAAACGCAGACGGCAGAGCUGGCAAGAUACACUCAGCAAAAAAUGAAAGAAGAGGAACUAAUGAAAGGUCGUCUUCAAGAGGAAUAUGAGCAAAGCGUCCGCCUCAAGGAAGAAUCCCAGAAAGCUGGUAAGAUGGAGAGGCAGAAAGCUUUCCAAGACGUCUUUGCAGCCGACAUGGAUCAUUACAGAACGCAUGGUGAAAUGCAACGUGUGGUCUCUGAUGGUCACCGGACCCCGACAGACAUCAGCUCAAUCGAGAACUUUGAAAUCUCCGUGGACGACCAAGAACAGGAGGCUCUGGAUGAUUUCUUAGGAGGUAGUGCCCCAGGAGCUACGGGGAAGGGAGAGGAGGCAGGAGAUGAUGGGGAGGAGGAGGAUGAUGGAGAGAUGGAGAUUCUUGAAGUAAUUAAGGAGGAAACAGAACAAGACGAAACGGGGGAGAGCAGCGGAAGUUUAGACAAAGGAAAAGCAGAGGAAGAUGCUCAUUCUGAGGACGCCCCAUCUCAAGACCCCCCUCAUGAAAAGCCCACGGUCAACGAUGCAGAGGAAGAUGCUCAACCUGAGGUGGCCCCAUCUCAAGAAACCACUCAGGAGAAGCCCACGGUCAACGAUGAAGAGGAGGCCAGUGAAACGACACAUGAUACAACUCAAGAAGAUGAGGAAGAUGACGAGGAUGAAUUUGACACUCCAGAUGAAGGUUCAGAGAAGGAAUAAGAUGGUGUUUAAACAAAACUUUUUAAAGGGUGGGUAUCAUCAUCAUCAUGAUAUUCCCACAUACCUUGCACAUGUAACAUGUAUGUAACAUUGCCAGGAGCGUCACCGAGUGACGGAUAUGCACGCUAUAUAAGGAGCCACUAAUAUUAUUAUUUUUAUCAUCAGUCAGCAUCAUGCAUUUCUGCACCGGCUACCUGACUGGCGAGAAGCUUAUUGAGCUGCCCCUUCUGCCGCUUCAGUAUACCACCCAGUAUACCUUUGGUAACUACUCAAACAAAAUUAUGACCUUAAAUAUUACCUGGCAAAAAGCACUAGGACCUGUUGAUGUUAUCUUUUAAGGUGAGGAAAGAAAUUCUGUACGAGAGGAAAAUAGUGCAUUAAAGACACUGGACACUUUUGAUAAUUGUCAAAGACCAGUCUUCUCACUUGGUGUAUCUCAACAUACAUG